GUAUUACUCUCUGUACUUUGUAAGCCCAGCGACCUACGUUUCGCGACUGCAACAUCAACGCUCCAUCAAAGGACUACGAGCAGCCGUUUGUAAGCGCCACGCGGUCUCGGAACUGUUUUCUCCGUCCUACACUCUAGAAAGCUAUCCGACGGAGGCCGACUCGCUGAUUUGAGCCAGCCGAGAGCGCGCUCGCCCAGCUCCACAGCUAGUAUGCGCCAAGCGGUAAAGGGCGCUUCAGCGCAACGCCGGGCGGCCGGCCCCACAGGGCCGUGCCCGUUGGUGCUCGCUCCCCUCGCACCGACCAUCGCAACACGCGCCCACGCCGGCCGCUCCCCCGAGCCCAGCAGCAGCUCGCCAAGCAGCUCGGGCGCUUCUCCUUCAUCCUCAUCAGCUCCCAUGAGCCCCAUUGCAGCCCGCAUCCUCAGCGGUGCAUCCGCCGGCCCGGCGCCACGCACGUCCUCAGGCCUCAUCCUGCCCCCCAGCGCUCGCCCCACAACCGCCGCAGCCGCCGCCGCGACCGCCCCCGCCGCCACCGCCACCAUCACCUCCGCCUCCCCCCUCGCCAGCCCAGCCUCCCACACGGCGGCUGCGCCGCACGCGUCGGUCAACGGCUCAUCCGCGGCGGUCAACGCCAGCGGCGCGGCAGCUUCCGGCGACUUCCGGCACGGGCUGGACGGCCCCAUUUUCUGGCUGGACCGCCAGCGUGUGCACUCCCUGUCUGACUACGGACGCGACGUGAUGCGCUCCAUGUCGGGCUGGGCGGCGGCGGAGCUGCCAAAGUAUCUCAAGGACACGGGGAAGCACUGGCAGCCGGCCGACCUGCUCCCUGACAGCUCCUCGCCUGACUUCUUUGACCAGGUCCAAGCCCUCCGUAACGCCGCCCGCAAUCUGCCCAACGAGUACCUGGUGGUGUUGGUGGGCGACAUGAUCACCGAGGAGGCGCUGCCCUCCUACAUGAACAUGCUCAACACGCUGGACGAGGUGCGAGACGACACAGGCGCCGCGCCCACGCCUUGGGCCAGCUGGACUCGCGAGUGGACGGCGGAGGAGAACCGCCACGGCGACCUGCUCAACAAGUACCUCUACCUCACCGGCCGUGUGGACAUGCGCGCCAUCGAGGGCACCAUCCAGCGCCUCAUCGGCUCCGGGCUGGACCCCAAGCUGGAGAACAACCCCUACCUGUGCUUCGUCUACACCUCCUUCCAGGAGCGCGCCACCCGCAUCAGCCACGGCAACACCGCCCGCCUGGCGGCCUACCACGGCGACGCCGCACUGGGCAAGCUGUGCGGCCUGGUGGCGGGCGACGAGGCGCGGCACGAGCAGGGCAUUGUGAUGCCGGCCCAUUUUGUGGACGACGGCUGGCACGCGGGCGCCAACGCCGACCCCGGCAACGGCAAGCCCGCCAACCUGUUCGGGGACUACGCGGCGGUGGCGGACUCCAUCGGCGUCUACACCACCAACGACUACGCCAACAUCGUGGACGUGCUGGUCAAGCGCUGGGACAUUGAGCACGUGGCGGUCCGCAGCGGCGAGGCGGCGGAGGCGCAGGCCUUCCUCAUGAAGCACAGCGAGCGCAUCCGCCGCCUGGCCGACAUCACCAUGGAGCGCCGCCUGCGCGACCGCAAGCGCGGCAAGAACAAGAGCGCGGCCUUCAGCUGGGUGUUCAAGCGCGAGGUCUCGCUCAUGUAAAGGGCCUCAGGAGACCGACCAGACGGGCUGCGCCUUCCGCCGCCAGGGCAGACCCGCGUCGGGGUCAGGGGCGCGUUGGCGGCAUGGUGUCGCGGGCAGACACACCGCCGUGGACAGACCCAUCGUCAUCGUGAACAGGCGCACCGUUGUCGCGGCCGAGUCUGGGUGAGGUUUCGCGAUUCCUACCGAGGACAGAGGGCAAGGACGCCGCCGGCCUGGUGAUACGCGGGUAGUAGGCACACACACGCCGCGGGCGGGUAGGCACGGGCACCACGGGGCGAGCGGCGAGGGAGCCGUUGCCGCUGCUGUGGCGGGUGCGGGCCGCAGGUUGUGUUUGGCGCGCGGACUCCCUCGAUUGUUGCGGUGGCGAGGCUCGGUGAAUGUGUUUCCUUGUGACCUGGGGUCGUGGUGGCAGCAGUCUGGUGGGCUGCUGGGUGGGCUGUGGCCGCAUCGCACCCCGCCCCACCCCCAGCGUGAUGUGUCGGGACGUGCCCGGCGGAGGACGGAGUCAGCGAUGCGGUCAGUCCGUCGGUCGCCAUGGCGUGAGCACGCAGAUAGCUGCUCGGGCUGAGGCCUCCGGCUGUUGCUCGCUGGUUCAUGGGGAUUUGAAGUGGGUGCGGAUGUAGGUGUGAGUGUGUUUUAGACGGCUGCCGCCUGACGAAAGCCGGGCCUGGUUGGAUUCUUCGGUUGCGGCGGAUGAUGCCGCACAAAGGGCAAGUUGCAGGGGGGGCCUGCGAGGGUGUUUGCGGGGUUUGGAACGAUGUGGAGUUACGCGGCCCUGAGGGACAUCUAAUACACAUACUUCUUUUGAGUGCAAGACUGAACGCGACACACAUAAAAACGUAGGCUGCAGCAGUCGGCACACGCACAACGGCUGGGAGAGCUCUGCGCAACCCGGCAACCUCCGUGGCCAGGCUAGUGACCAGCUGUCGGUUGCGUGUGCUAGGCGUGUGUGUGUAUGCAAUGCCCUGGUUCGCAAGUGUUGAUAUUGUGGUGGUGUUUUGUGUUUUGGACUACCGUAUUUUGGAUGGAGUAAUCAGUCGGUGGUGGUGGAAGGCGUGUCAACACUGCGGGUCCUAAUGAGGACGAGAAAGGGGACAUGGACGAAGAACAGCGUCGUUUGGUCGGUUGCUGGAUCCAGGUGAGAGCGUGUUGAUUGGCAGGGCGCCUGCGCUGGAGCCCGCGGGCGGGUAGUGAAUGGGCACGGGGACUUGCAGGAUUUGGAGAUCGGCGAGUCCCCUUACCCAAUGACUAGAGCUCGGAUGUGUGCCUGGGAAAGAAACACGAUGGCAGAGAUGUGUGUGUGGCUGUGUGUUGGUGUCGGUGUGCGUGCGUGUGGUAACCCCCGGCGAGCACUGAACACAUAGCGCGAGGCGAUGUCCGUGAUGGCAUUGAUACCGUACUUGGUGGAUGCACGAGAGGAGUUGGCGCCGGCUGCAGGCGCGUCGCAGGCGUAUGCGGAAUGAAGGGGCGGACUUGGGAGCCUGUGGCAGGCGCUACCGCGCAGGCGGCAGGCAUGGGGCGCAUCGGGCGGUCUGGGUGACAGCUGGCGAGGUAUCGGUAUCCGUGAAGGAGCGCGAUUCGGGGCGUGUUGGAAAGCCGAGAAGAAGAAAUUACAUCAGGAAGAAAGAGUGCACGCGACGGUACUAGCAUACGAGUCCGGGGGCGCACACAGUUGGGGUUGUGAAUCUUGCGAUGCACUGUGACGGGUAGUGUCUGUGACUCUGUGGGGUGGCUGCGCAAACGUGUGUAUUUGGGACGGCUGAGGCGACGUGGAGGAGUAGAGGAGCUACCUAACAACAGAUGCAGUGCGUGUAGGCCUGUAGGGACGCAGGAGGAGCGAGUCGAGACUGCCUCCUGUUGGCGAAGACAUGGACGCAUACGGUAUGCGGAUUGCGGUGGAAGCACAAAGUACCAUGUAAUGCCACGUGAGUUGCCUUGUAACAUAUGGUAUGG